AUGCGUUUUGUUUCAGCGAUACUUCAGCGUGCGACGUACAAGGUCGGCCUCCUGACGAUCCAGGGGGUCUCCACCUGCCUCUACCUCUGUAUGGACGCGUGCGGGUUCCACUACGCAAAUAAGGAUCUCUCGGACGACUGCGUGUUCGAAGAGCAUAUAGAGGAAAACAAUUAUAACACAUACUCGCGGAUAAGAGGCGGCAAGAAGACCUUCCUGGCGUUAGAUAAUAGGGGGAAGUCCAGGCGGACGCAGAUACCGGUCAGCAGGCCUCUAGGCAAUCUAUCAGGAUAUGCACUAACGCUGACCAGGCGAUGGGACGGGCCGAAGCAAACGCAGUGCCCGCCGCGACGCCACCGCGGUAAACUCAAACGGCCGCCGCCCUUCCACAGGAACUGCCAGAGACGAGUCCAUAAGCAGAACCAGAGGCACAAGCGAAAGCACAAGAAAGCGAACGAUCCGAAAAAAAAACAGAGGCACCCCAAGGCGCGGAGAAAACACGACAACUCAACGACCACGACGACGGAAGUCAGCUGGGACGAGUCGACUAUGUCGACGAUGUCGACUACUGAUUUAGAGUUUUUUCGGUCGGCGACCGCGCAGGAGGCGGUCGGUCGCGCGUGA